AUGGCCUCAUGGCAGGGAGCAAAAGCUGUUAUGGAAAGUGAAGAUGCACAAGACUGGGGCAAAGUGGUGGAAGUGAAAGAGAAACGAGACAAGUUUGGCCUGGGGAACAUUCUUGAUGCUGCUAGUGGUGGAGCAUUAGUCGAUAAAAGUCCAGCUGCUGCCAAAGCCCUUAUUGAAAAUAUGUCUCUUAAUUCUCAACAGUUCACCACUAGAGACAAUUCUGUGCAAAGCAAAGGCAUGAGUCAAAUUCAAGUUUGUUCCAACAAAGCUUUAAAGACCAGAAUUGACGAACUCACUGCCUUAGUCAAACAGCUGGCAGUAGCAAAACCUCAAACAACAACUUUGUGUGGCAUUUGUACUUCUCCUGAGCACCCGACCGAUACUUGUCCUAUUCUGAGAGAUGAGUCCAUUACUGAGCUGCCACAAGCUUAUGCAGCCAACCUUUACAAUCGAAACAGGUACAACAACACUCCUGACCUGUCCACCAACAAAUACCAUCCCAAUUGGAGGAACCAUCCCAACCUUCAAUAUGGAAACCCGCAAACCAGCCAACAACAGAACUCACCUCAAGUGGAUGCCCCUACACCUUCCGGACCAUCCUUGGAGGAUCUUGUUAAGCAAAUGGUCGUGAACAACCUCCAGUUCCAACAAAGGACCAAUGCUAGCAUUCAGACCUUGAACACACAGAUGAGACAACUUGCUACUCAAAUAAAUAACAUGCAAGCUCAAGGUUCGAACCAACUUCCAGCCCAGACAGUUGUCAAUCCGAAUGGUCCUAAUGCUAAUGUUCCUAAGUAUACAAAGUUUCUGAAAGAUUUGUGUACCAACAAGAGGAGGAUUAAGGGAAGUGAAAGAGUAAACUUAGGACGGAAUAUUUCUUCCUUUUUUCAGCCCAAACAAUCAUCCAAACAGAUUGUAGGCGAGCAAAAUGUUUCAGCCCUCACUACUCAAGUUCUGCCACAAAAGCAGAAGGAUCCGGGAACAUUUGAUAUUCCUUGUGCCAUCGGGGAUAGUUUAAUCAUUCAAUUGGCAAACAGGAGCAACGCUCGACCCGCCGGGGUAGUCGAAGAUGUUCUUGUUCAAGAUUCAGAGCUUAGCAAUAUUGGAAGUGGUGAGUAUAUUGAUUACAAAGGCAAGACAGCAGAUCCAAGACAGCAUGGUGGAAUAAGAGCUGCUUCCCUUGCAUGUGGUAAGCCACAUUUUAUUGAUUUAAAAGUUAAGCUUAAUUAUAAUUUUGUUAUAUUUUUGAUAUCUUAUUUGUGA